AUGUCGAGUGGCAAGAAGAACCGCCAACCUUAUCAUAUUCCACGGAAGUUCCCAACACCUCUUGAACGAGCUGCGUAUCGUUCAUAUAAUUGGGUCGAGAAUCGACUUUGGCCCGUUCGUCCGCUUCCAUUCGCCGCUGCGUGCGCUUUGGCAGCUAGUAUUCAUUACAAAUACCCGCAAAAUGGAGUUAUAGAGCUAUUUCCCAAAAUCAACAUUUUCGAGAGAAUCCCCUACUUCGAGGUCAUCAAAUUGUCGAUUGUUUCUUUCUUGAGCGCUUACGUCCCUGUAUUUGGAUUGCGACAAUUGCUCAAACAUUUCUACUUUUCUUAUAAAGGAUUUCUAUUUGAGAAUCCAAAGAAGCUAUCAUUGCGAACUAAAAUUUGGGGUGUUAUCCGUCAUCUUUUGUCAUAUAGUCCUCCAAUUCUUGAAUCUUGCGAUCGACUUCUUCCGAAUCUUCCCGUUCCCAAGCUAGAGGACACAAUUGCUGAAUAUUUGGAUUCGGUGAAGAAUAUUUUGUCAAAGGACGAAUUCGAACAAAUCACGCAACAAGCCGAUUCGUUCUUAAAGAACGAAGGGGUCAAGCUUCAAAGAUACGCAUGGUUAUAUUCGCUUUUCACUGAUAACUAUGUGACACCAUUUUGGGAAAAAUACGCAUAUUUGUAUGGCCGAUAUCCGCUUCUCAUUAAUAGUAGUGUGGCUCAUUGCGAUCUCGUAAGAGUUAGUCCGGCGACUCGUGCUCACCGAGCCGCACGAGUUACAUGGAUUGAGGCGAACUCGCAUUUGGCGGUUGAUAAGCAACAAUUCAAAGCGAUUGGAGAUGGCAUUGUUUGUACGCGCCAUUAUCGCAAAAUGUACGCGGUGAAUCGUGUUCCAGGAGAAUCGGUGGAUCAUCUCGAACUCCAUGGAAUUCAGAAGCAUAUUGUUGUGCUCCUCAGAGGAUGCUUUUACAAGUUGCACAUUUGCGACGACAAAAACAACAUAUUCACUAUUGAGCAGUUCACAAAAAUAUACCAUGAACUGAUUACCAGAGAGGACAAAGAAGAUGGCCCGCUGGCGAAAAUAGCGGCGUUGACGCAUGACACAAGAGAUAGCUGGCAUCAUAAUCGAAAGCGAUUCUUUUUGUCAAAUGCGAAUAAUGCCAAAGUACUGAAAGACAUCGAGAGCGCCAUUUUCUUUAUGAGCCUUGAUGAGAACGAGGAUUAUGGAUAUGAUGAGAAUAAUCCGGAAAUGUUGUCGAAAUUCCUUGCCAAUAUUCUGACUGGUGAUGGAACUAAUCGUUGGGUUGACAAAUCGCUGAACUACGUGAGCUCGAAGAACGCUAGAUGCGGAGGAACUACUGAGCAUUCGAUUGCUGAUGGCGCUGAAUUUGAUCACAUCAUGGAGAAUUUCCUAAAAAUUGAUCUUGAAUGUCUCAAAUAUGAUACUAUUGAUGCCCAAGAGAAAAUGGCUAUUAUUCAAGACAAUGAAAAACAUGGAUUGAAGUUUGCUGAUCGUCUUAAAUUUGAGAUUGAAGAUGAAUCGAUUUAUUCGGAAAUCACCCGUUGCUAUGAUGCGCAUAUGAAAGCGAAGAGUGAUGUUGAUUUGUUCGCUCUGGCCUUCAGGGACUUUGGAAAAGGACGAAUCAAGAAGUGCGGUGUUUCACCUGAUGGAUUCGUUCAAAUGGCCAUCCAACUUGCGGCUUAUCGAGAUUUUGGAAAGUUUGUGUUGACCUAUGAGCCAGCUUCGGUGAGAUUUUUCGCGAAUUCGAGAACCGAAACUCUUCGAACCGUCAAUGAUCAUUCAUGCGAGUUUGUCAUUGCUAUGAUGAAUGGGAAUGAGACUAAAGAGAAGAGAAAGGAGCUGCUCAGAAGAGCUUGCGAAACUCACGUGGCAAGGAAUAAGAAGUGCAUGGUUGGACAGGGUAUUGAUCGCCACCUCUUUGUCUUGUAUGUACUUUCGAAGGGAGUUGGAGUCUCUUCUCCAUUCUUGGAAAAUUAUAUUAAUCAAAAAUGGACUUUGUCUACUUCUCAUGUACCUAAUGUUACUAACCAAUGCGAUGAGGAUACCGAUCAGGGAAACACUUGGCUUGGAGCCUGCUUUGGGGCUGUUGCACCUGAUGGAUAUGGAGUUUGCUAUCGAUUCGGUGGAAACCAUGGAAUCUUUGCGAACAUUUCCAGCUAUCAUUCGUCGACGAUGACGAGCUCGACGAGAUUCGCCAAUCAAUUGCAGAAGGCGUUCAAUGAUUUAUCGCAACUGUUUGAUUAG